AUGUUCGGUAUCUGUUGCACUUUGUUGAAUUGCAACUGUGAAAACUUUAAACCUUGCAAGAUGAAACAACGGCAGUGUGAAAACUGCAUGCACGGUUGGGUUGCACAUGCUCUGAGUAAAUUGAAGGUACACCACAUGUAUCACAACAGCCAGGUGGAGAUUGUGCAUUCCGAUGUGGUGUUUGACAUCUGCAGCCUGAUGCUAUAUGGAACCCAUGCUAUUCCAGUGCGCCUGAAGAUCCUCUUGGACCGGCUGUUUUCCGUUCUCAAGCAGGAAGAGGUUAUCAAAAUUCUCAAUGCACUUGAAUGGACACUACAGGACUACAUCCGAGGAUACAUACUUCAGGAUGUAGCAGGGAAGGUACUGGACCGUUGGGCCAUUAUGACGUAUGAGGAGGAGAUUGCAACACUACAACAGUUCCUGCGCUUUGGUGAGACCAAGUCUAUAGUUGAGGUCAUGGCUCUACAAGACAGACAGGGACAAGCAGUACUAGUUCCCAGCACUCGGACCAUCUCAGAUAUUCGCAAUUUCAUUGAGCGUAACAGUCCAUGCCCUACGGCUGUGUCUACAAUCAAAGAAGAGAAGCAGAAUGGCGAGAACAUGCACCACUUUGAGAACUUAAUUAAUAGCAUGGCAUUCAUAGUACCUUUCCAGCUGUUGAGCUCUGUUCCAGCCCCAUUUCUUGGCUCCCCUGCCAGUUUAAGCCAUCAGCGUCAGCAAAUAUACAAGGAGUACUGCCACAGGUCAGUAGAUCAUCAGAGUCAGAGGCAAGUGGAUCAAGACCAGAAUAGUCAUGCAAGUCAAAACCCACCGUGUUCAACAGACAUCAGCCAUAUCGAUGCCCACUCUGUAAUAUGCAGUGAGGAUCAAGACAAAUCAAUAGAAUGUAUUUCCUGGACAAAAAUGGUUGAGACAGAAGAUUUUUUAACAAGUGACAACUGCUCUGAUGUCCCCAUGACCUCUGACUCUACUCAAUUUUCACCUUCUUCUAAGCUGCACAAUCGAAGGAGUGGAGUGGGGAUUUUAGUAAGCAGUGGAAGUGGAGGAUCUCUGAAAAAGAGUCGUGUAUUUUGCAAUGCUUGUGAGAAGACAUUCUAUGACAAAGGUACACUAAAAAUCCACUAUAACGCAGUUCACCUGAAGAUUAAGCAUAAGUGUACAAUCGAAGGAUGCAACAUGGUGUUUAGCUCAUUGCGAAGUCGCAACCGCCACAGUGCCAAUCCCAAUCCACGACUCCACAUGCCCAUGAAUCGCAACAAUCGAGACAGAGACAUACGGUAUAGCAUGCAUACCUAUGAGCGUCCUGCAGAGACACCCUCUGGCUAUGACACAUCCAUUUCAAUCUGCUCUGCAGAAAGCCAUAAGUCGGUUCCAAGUGCUUUCCAAGGUAUGAGCCAGAGCGGACUUCUCUUUCCUAACCUAAAGACAGUACAGCCGGUCCUGCCUUUUUACCGCAGUCCUGUUACACCAGCAGAGCUUGUAAGUACCCCAGGGACGCAACCCUCGCCUUCUCUAAUAGCAUCCUCAACGUCUGUAAAACUGGCCGCUGUUCCUGAGCCCCUACCCCAAUCAAAAAAAAAAUCCCGAAAGUCAAACACGCCAAUAAAGAUAGAAAAGGAAAUGGUAGCGAGAGAUGAUCAAGUUGAUCAAGAGAGUCAUUUAGAAGAGGACAUUCUUUCAUGGGAGGGAGACUAUGAAGAAUGUGAAGGUCACAGAGCAGGAGGACAAAUGUGUUUUGUAACAAAUAAGAUGAAGACCCAAGAGAAAACUAGGUAUUUUGAUGAAGUGCGAGAAAGGAAAGGUAGCAAGUCUUUGUUGGACCAUGCUAUUGGAAUGUUAACGGGAGAGCACAAAGAUGACAUCACACAGAAGGUAGAAACAGUCACCACCAUUACCUCUCAUUUAAAAAACAAGUUGAUCAAAAGCCUUCGGGACAACCAAUCUGCUAGUCAGGAAUGCUGUUUUAAUGAGGAGAGUGAUAGCAAAGAGUGUCAAAAUGCACUACAAGGAGAUGAUCACUUUUCAAAGUUACAGUGGAGAGAGCAGAGGAUGACCGACAGGAAUGGUUUUCAACUCUCAGACGACCAAAAAAAGGAAGGCUCUCAGGCCAAUGAAAACUCAAGUCCCUCAGAUCUUGACCUGAAAGCUGACCAGUUUCACGACUAUGAAACCACUUUUAAGAACCACGACAAAGUGAACGGCUGUCCUGCCACAUUUUCCUCACGCGGGAGCCGAGAUAGGCACAGUGCAAAUUUCUACCUUUAUCACAAGCUGAAGACCAAAGACCAUGAAAACCAGAAAAACUUCCUCUACGCUUAUUCAACGUGCUGCAAAGAGAGAGAAUGUGUUCCCAUGGAUGACUGCCAGAACCAAGAUCUUGGUUACCAAGACCCCACAUGUCAGAAAAAUGUGACAUUUGGAGGACACAAUAACAUGGGUUUGGUAUACCCAAUUAGCAAAUUUCCUGCACCCUUAGAAAUGACUGAAACGUUUAAUAAAGCAGAUGUGCGAUUUUUAAAAGGGGGGAGUGACGAUAGCAAAGUACUGAAUCCGAGCAGUUCUUCUAUUCCAACUCACUGCAGCAAGAAUGGUCGAUAUUGCUGGGAAAAUGAUGUUGACAUUGAGGAAGGAGCUAGACCUGAUGAGAAUUUGAAGGUGUUCCAUAUGAAGGACAGUGAUGGUAGCUUUAUUGGGAAGACUAUGGGAGGUACAUUCUUACAUAGGGAAGGCGAGCUCUUGAAUAGUGUUGGAGAAGCACAUAAAGUACUUCGAUUUGGAUCUCCUAUUACCUGCCACAUUUGCCAAAAGGUCUACAGUAACAAAGGGGUAUUCAGAGCUCACUAUAAGACUGUUCAUUUGAAAAUGCUUCAUAAAUGUAAAAUUCCUGGGUGUGAGACAACAUUUUCUUCAGUACGCAGUAGAAACAGGCAUAGCCAGAACUCAAACCUCCACAGAAAAGUAAUGGAAAGCAAAUGUUCCUCUAUAGACAAGGCAUAGACAUUGAGACACAUUUAACUUUGAAGCAACUGUAAGAAUCUCUGAUUAGGACUUCUAAAAUUUGAGUCUAGCUAGAAAGUGUUUGGAGGCAAAGAAAAUGAAGAACACUGUAUACAGGAAAAAAAACCCAAACAAACGAAAAAUACAUGUUACUGUGUAAGUAGACUUGGUUGUAUACAGUUCAUAUGAUGUGAUUUCAGUUGGUAGUAAGAUUAUCUUGAGUUUAGUCUGUUCCUGGUGGUUUGGUAUUCGAUUAUUUUAUAAAUGUGCGCAUUGUGAACAUUUUGAUGAAAACACAAACACCAGCGCACAGAAUGAACCGUCUAAAUUAGGGGUCGGGAACCUUGUUGACCGGGAGAGCCAAAACACCGUACACAUUUUAAAUGUGAUUCCACAAGAGCCAUACAGUGUGUGUGUGUCUAUGUGUGUAUAUAUUCA